GUAAACACGGCUUUUAUUUUGAAAGGUUUUUAGAUGUUUACGAAACUUGUUGGAGCGGAAGCGGAAGCGUCUGUUUGGCGGGAACAGAUGAAGAUGGACGCGCGCAGAGUGAAGCUGAAAGUGAGCGCAGGAUUUAAAAUGCGCGGAUUAAUCCUGCGACCGGAGUCCAGCCGCUUCCUGCUGCGGGUUCUAGAGUCCGUCUCUGAAGCGGAUCUGGAGGAGGUUCUGGAGCGGAUCCUAGAUGCUGUCGAGAAACAACCGCUGGGGUCCAGUAUGGUGGAGCUGUCGCUGCUGGAGGCUGCGGUUCAGGAUUGCAGUCAGGCGUGUGAUGAAACCAUAGACAAUGUGUUCAACAUCAUUGGAGCCUUUGAUGUGCCUCGAUUCAUCUUCAGCACAGAAAGAAAGAAAUUUGUCCCCAUCAGCAUGACCAAUCACCCGGUCCCUAAACUCUGCGGUCAGUCCAGAGAUAAAGCUGAGCUCUUCAGAGAGCGAUACACCAUCUUACAACAGCGAACUCACAGACAUGAACUCUUCACUCCUCCUGUUAUCGGUUCAGCUCCAGAUGAAGGAAGGAACAAAUUCCAGCUGAAGACGGUGGAGGCUCUUCUGGGCAGCACAGCUAAAGUCGGAGAAGUGAUUGUUCUGGGCAUGAUCACGCAGCUCAAAGAGGGCAAGUUCUACCUCGAGGACCCCAGCGGCGCAGUGCAGCUCAACAUGUCAAAGGCACAGUUUCACAGCGGUCUUUACACCGAGUCCUGCUUCGUUCUGGCUGAAGGAUGGUACGAGGAUGCAGUGUUUCACGUCAACGCGUUUGGUUUCCCGCCCACAGAACCCUCUUCCUUCACCAGGGCUUACUAUGGCAAUAUAAACUUCUUCGGCGGGCCGUCCAGCACAGCGGUCAAAGCAUCGGCCAAACUGAAGCAGCUGGAGGAGGAGAACGAGGACGCCAUGUUUGUGAUGGUGUCAGACGUGUGGCUGGACCGUGUGGAGGUUCUGGAGAAGAUCCAAGCCAUGUUCUCAGGUUACUCUGCGAUGCCUCCCACCUGCUUCAUCUUCUGUGGGAACUUCUCCUCAGCUCCGUACGGCACACACCAGCUCCGAACACUCAGAGAGUCUUUCAAGGCACUUGCUGAUCUCAUUUGUGAGUAUCCCAGCAUUCACAGCAGCAGUCGUUUUGUGUUUGUUCCUGGACCAGAAGACCCCGGGCCCGGCACGGUCUUACCCAGACCUCCACUGGCUGAACACAUCACGGAGGAGUUUAGACAACGUGUGCCCUUCUCCGUCUUCACCACCAACCCCUGCAGGGUUCAGUACUGCAGUCAGGAGAUGGUGGUGAUUCGAGAAGAUCUGGUCAAUAAGAUGUGCAGAAACUGUGUUCGGCUCCGA